UACAUCACGAGUACAACUUCAACUAGUGCAGUCUCCAGACAGUCCAUCCGCAACAACUUAAUGUUACGAGUGUUACCAUCUGCGUUCGGUUUCCAAGCUCGACAAUGCUUAACCAUGUAAUUAUUAAUGUUACUUUGCUCUUCUUCAUAACUUAUGGCUGGACUCUUUCAACAUCAAGUGGGCAGGAUGCACCAAGGUUCAAAGUGCUUGAAAUGGACUCAAAUGGAACACUUUAUCUUCACAAAACUUCAAUUCUUUGCAUAGGCGAGGUUAUCAAACGUCUGACCGAAGGAAAAUAUCAACUGGCUGAACCGAGCAAUUUAGGAUUGUCCAAGGAAUUCGCAAUGUUGAACUGUAAGGACCUGAAACAGAAAGUUCCUUCAGCCGAUUCAGGUGUCUAUUGGAUCGACCCGGAUGGUGGUUCCCAUGGUAACGCCUUCCAAGCUUACUGCGACCAACAAACGGGUGGAGGAGGUUGGACUCUAGUUUACAGUUACACCUUCACAGAUUACUCAAGUUUCACGAGUUCAGGAAACGCUGUCACCCCGCGUCCAUCUUGGUCAGCUAGUUCUGCUAACGUUCGAGUGUCCACAACCGUUCCUUUGAGCGAGACCCAUUAUGAGGCCAUGAACUUUGCUUUGUGGCGCAGCAUUGGCAAGGAAUUCCUAAUCAAGAGCAAUAUCAACAACUGGAUCGCAUGCAAGGAAGGUUCUGGUAGCAUAGUGCAGCAGAAGCAGGGGUCAAUCGCUUGUAAACUGGUUAGACAGGUUUCUGAUCAAUGUCCCGGUAUAGUGCCGAAAUCAGUACAGUUGGAUAAUAAUGGAAUGUAUCUUUCCAGCAGUAGUUUUUAUUAUUACUUCGAUGGUAACACAGGCGACGAUUGGCCAACGCAUGACCCAUGCGGAAAGGAUCAAGAAAAUAAUUUGAAAGGUGUGCUGAACCCACACGGAAACAUUUUUAUUCGGUGAACUGAACUCCAAAAACAUUUUUUAAUCAAGUAAUGCAAUCUCCUCGCUUUAAGAAGAAUACUUUUAGAGAGAGAUAUUAUUUUUUCGUCUUGUCACGAGCGUGGAACAAAGAAAAAAUUCUAAAUUCCCAUAGGCAAUGGGGGACUCAGAAUUGUUUUCCUUUGUCCCAGCCAAGAAACAUUUUUCUUUAUAUCUUUACCGGGCUUAUACUAUCUUUCCUAUUCUGUAACAACACCUAAGUCACUCUGAAACGCUGAGUUCAAAGACACAAAAACUGAGUAUUGAAUUAAGUAAUACUGAAAUAAGAAUCUUGGUCAGUGCUUUGAUAUAAUUUUUGGCUCCUAAAGGAGCGAUUUUAGUUUGGUUUGUUCUUGAAUGAACAGUUUCAAGUCGCGUGUUAAACUUAAACUCACAAAGGUGGCGGAGGCGGAGGCGCAGUCGCAAAAGGGCGAAACCUACAAACAAUUUUGUCGUUGGUUUGUAGCGGAUUCCCGAAUCUAGAAACUUGUGUUUUAUAUAUGACAUGCUGUAAAAUGUCCAAUUAAACAUGGUUGUUUUGAGGAA